UCUGCCUGUUGGUAGCACUACCUACUGUGUGGUGUGAAGAUAUGGAUCAUGAGCAGAGCCAGGGAGCUACGCUGCUUCAGCUGCUAAGGCUUCUGUGGCUGCUGCCCCMCUCCUGGGCCACCCCUGCAGCUCCUGCUCCACUGUGGCGGGAUGAMCUGCAAAACCACACAUUCCGACACACUGUGUUCUGCCAGGAUGGGAGUCCCAGCAUAGGGCUCACUGAGACCUACGACGAAGACCUGCUUUUCGCCUUCGACUUUUCCCGGAAUACUCGGGUGCCCCGCCUCCCUGAAUUUGCUGACUGGGCUCAGGAUCAAAGAGAUGCCUCUGCCAUUGUAUUCGACAAAGGAUUCUGUGAAGCAAUGAUUGAGCAAAUAGGCCCCAAACUUGAAGGAAAAAUCCCAGUGUCCAGAGGUUACCCUGUUGCUGAGGUGUUCACAAUGAAGCCCCUGGAGUUUGGCAAACCCAACACGCUGGUCUGCUUUAUCAGUAAUCUCUUCCCGCCCAUGUUGACAGUGAACUGGCAGCAUAAUUCGGUCCCUGUGGAAGGAGUUGGGCCCACUUUUGUCUCAGCUAUAGAUGGACUCACCUUCCAGGCCUUUUCUUAUUUAAACUUCACACCGGAACCCUAUGACCUUUUCUCCUGCAUCGUGACUCACGAAAUUGACCGCCACACAACAUUUGCCUAUUGGGUGCCCCAGAAUGCCUUGCCUUCAGAUUUCCUGGAGAAUGUGCUGUGUGGCAUAGCCUUUGUCCUGGGCGUGCUGGGCAUCAUUGUGGGCACUGUCCUCAUCAUCUAUUUCCGGAAGCCUUGCUCAGGUGACUGAUUCUUUUUGAUCAGAGUUUGAUGCCAACACCUUCAGCCAUUCAAGCAGGGGAAUCCUCAGGUUUCUCACAUCCUGCCCAAGAUCUUUCUUCAGAAAAGAAGUCCCUGGGACUCCCCCGGGGGAGUGUGCAUGUAGGUUUUUCAGCGGGAGGCUCUGCUGUUCCUGAGUUUGCAUCCAGAGGAGCCCAGAGUGGCCUGUCACAAUGACACCUUCUUAC